UUGAAGCCCUGUGUCCUGGCAUCCUUAACCCCUCCACUCUUUCUUUCUUUGUCCUCCUUUGUUGGGACCCUUCAUCGGCUCCUCGUCAGGUCUGCGGCAUCAGUCUUUUGGGAGCUCCGUAGAAGCCAGAAACCAUGCUGACGUUUUUGGCGCUGGCGUCGGUUGUCCUCCUGGGAAUAGUGCCUGAGCAGUCCCAGGCCAUAGUGAUCUAUACGGGCUGGGAGCGUCAUGCCCUGGUUGGCUCUGACAUCCGGCUCUCCUGUUCCUUUUUCUCCUGGCGCUGGACCUCUGAGGACGUCACCUUCUCCUGGACCUACAGGCCCGAUGGAUCCCGGGACAGCAUCUCUAUCUUCCACUACACCGGUGGCAUGGCCUACGUGGACAACAAGGGCCCCUUCAGGGACCGGUUGGAGUUUGUUGGAAACCCCGGCCGACGUGACGGCUCCAUCCUACUCAAGAACCUGGAGUUCAGCGACAACGGCACCUUCACCUGCGACGCCAAGAACCCCCCUGACAUAGUGGGCCGGCCCUCCAGCGUGCGGCUGCUGGUCUUUGAGAAGGUGCCCAUCCAGGCCGGCGUGAUCACAGGAGCCAUCAUCGGGGUGGUGCUGGGCUUGCUGGUGCUCAUUGUGGUCAUCUACUACCUGAUGAGGUUCCUGGUGGCGCGCCGCGUCUUCAGCCUUAGUGUCAGCAAACAUGGCAAGAAAAAGAAAGAGGGAUCACAGCAGAGACAGGGCCCCGCGCCUCCCGCCGACCCCUCCAAGGUGAAGGCGGCCGCCUCGGAAAAGAAGAAGCAGGAGUCACGCAAGGAUAAGAAAUAGGAUACGGGGAUGGGCUGGGGCGGGCUAGCCGGCCGGCUGCUCCAGCCCGUGCGCCAGGCGAUGGUGAAGGCCCAGCCCGAGCAGAAGCAGCGAACCGUAGUCAGAAAGACAGAGAAGGUGGGGGGAGGAGGAGGGGAGGAAGGCUCGGGCAGGGUGCUGAUGACCAUCGAGCUGGAGCUGACCCGCAAAAACGGGGAGGAAGGGCCAGCCGGUGAGGGAGGGACAGGGAGGUCAAAAUCCGAGGGCCUCCUCUCCCGCCUUGCCAACCAGCUCACCUUCAAAUAACACACCUAAAGGGAGGUGGGGGAGGCCAGAAAGGGAGGGAGGGGUCAGGGAUUAAAGAGUGGGAAGUCUACUGAGGAGACGGCAGGAGAGUUCAAUCACAAACCUACUUUACACCCACCACAACGCCAACCUGAGUCCCUGAAUAAAUGAGUUAAAUCAUAUCAGCUCUUGUCACAGGCGGAGGACUGUAGACGCAGCUAUAUGAGCCCAGAUCUAAGAUGCCGUGAUAAUCUCUUACACCAGCCGGCAACCCCGACUACUUUUGUCAGGUCAUAAGAUAUGCCAUUUGAAGCGAGACCCUAAGACGCUGAGGGUUUGAUAACAAAAUCUAAAAAGCCGCUCUCUGGGUUUUUGCCUUUCUGGUUCCUUUCAUUGUGAUCCUAUCCACCCAGAAAGCUCUCUCCAAGUGCGUCUGAUACGCAUCACCAAUCCCGUGCUGCGGGGACAAGCCAAUUUGCCUUUUUUAUUUUAUUGGAGGCGCCGUGUCAAACUCUAACUUUCUCCCCUCACGCUGAUCUCCAUUCUUUUACCUCUCCUAUCCCAUUUCUUCCUCUUUCACUGUGAAUUUCUUGCCUUUCUUGUUAAUUCAAAUUACAGAAGUGAUUUAUAUGCUAACUGCUCUAUCCUGUUUCUCUUCUUCUCUCUAUCCCCUUCCCUCUUUUCUUUCUUUCUCUCUCCUAUAGAUAAAGGUCUGACUUCUCCAUGACUGCCUCCACUCCUCUAGUCUGCUCCCUCCUUUUCUGCCCAGCCUGAUGCAACCCCCAUUAUUUCCUAUUAUCUCUACUCUUUCAAGACAGCACUGGCUGUAAGAAUAGCCCUACUAUAUCAGUGGCAUUGGCGUCAAAUAAUUUUUACAAUGCCUUAUCGAAGACCCUAUAUGCACUCAUUGGGCAGCCUGUAAAAGUGUUUCAAGGCCUAACUAUGCACAUAACAUCCUUAAGAGGAACCCGAAAGACCGUCCCUCUGUGUUUAGAGUCCCCUGAAUCUCUCGCUUAAAUGUUUACGACUCAAUCGCCGACACUGAGCGGAGCUCUGAGCGCACUCUGGACUUCAGAUAGAGAAAAAGAGAGACAGAAGAGAGGGAGAAAUAUGAUUCCUGCUCUCGGCCCCAGCAUAGAUAGAGGUUCAAGCCCCGGAGCUCGGGGUGAUUCAAUCCUCUCACAUUUGAGCUAAUGGAGGUUGUCGCCGCGUCCCUGCCCUGGCUAAAGGGGGGCUAUUUCUGGCCCCUAUAAGAGCAUACAGGGCUUACUGUAACAGCUGCACAUUUUUCAGCCAUCAGGAAUGGGAGGGGAGAGAGAGAGGCGAGUUUUUCCUGUCUGCUGUUGACUCGACAGCCGGUGACUGACAACCUGGAAUGACGUCACUGGCCCCAAAGGGCGGGCGGGCAGGCGGGCGGACGCGCUCACGAGUCUGACAAAAGGGCUUACCAGGAAGAGGUGCAGCUACUGUGCUCUCAGAGUUAUUUUAGGUCUGGUUAAUCCGCCCGCACGUUUCUUCUAGGCUAAUUAUUUUAGCACGUGCUGGUAAAGGGAUAUCUCUCUCUGCAUCUUCCUCUCUCUCUCCUCCCUCCGAACCUCUCCUUCAUUCUCUCCGUCCUCUUUGCCUUUCUUUAUCUCUUCCUCUUCCUGUCGUUCUGUGACUCUGCACUGCAUUAUUCCCCCACAGAAAAGGCCUAUACACAAUCCACUCCACUCUUUAAGCCUCUCCUUAUCUGCCUGCCAGGCCUACAGCUCAAUGCUCUGCUCCUCGUUCCUCUCUCCAGUCCUUCCUUGUCCUUCUUCUUCUACUAUUUUUCAAACUCAGUGACGGACAUCUCCCUCCCUCUCUGCUGCCCAGUGAACGCCCUUGUUUCCCCUUCAAAAAUCCCCACAAAAGGCAUGUCCCCUGCCGGCCCACCUGGCCCUCCGUCCUUCUGAACACCCCCCCCCCUCACGGUCUUGUUUCUGCUGGUUCGAAUGCCAAAAUGCUCUCCUUUGCCCCCCUGGCACAGGAAGGCAAAAACAUGGGCAGAAUUCCGCCUUUAGUUCUCACUGAAGACGCCAAACAGAAACUUUAAUCUAGCUAGCUCCAUUCUGGUUGCAAAUAUGUGUGUUUUAUGUAUAUGUGUGUUAAGUGUUCAAAUUAUUUGAUAUAAAGCAAAAACAGUGUCACCCUAAGUAAAGCAAAUAAUGUACUUUGAGACAAAGAAAACAUGUUUUUCAAGGCAGGGGAGAAAUGUAAUCACAUUUGAUGGAGGAUGUCAUUAUAUUUCUGACCUUGUGUGUUAUGGAGGGUACUGUGUGGCUGUCAUUUUUGCUCCAAGACGAAGGUAAAUCGAGGUUGUCGUGGUGUGUUAUGAGAGAAGAUGAGGGGUGGAUGAAGGCGGGGUUAGCCUGAGAUUCAGCGCGAUGUGGCUGGGGAGUCAAAAGGGGUAGGAAGGUGCUCGCUGAGGGAGAAAGCUUUGGUGGAAGAGACUUAUCUGACGUGUUAAGCCAAGCCAAAAAUCCAUAUGUAUCACGACAGAUAGAGCCAGCUCGUCCCCCAGAGCUUUCUUUUAGAGGUGCUCCUUCUUCAGCCCUGAGCCAAAGAUGGAUUGUGAUCUGCGUGCUUGAUAUGCAGGGUGGAUAGCGUAGACUUGAAUGUUCCUUUAAAAUUCAUAACAGGAAUGGAGGUGCUAAAAAAUCCUGGUCUGUUUCACUAGUCGCUGUUUAACUAUCCAGUCUGAUGGAUUAGUUUGAAUGUUUUUCUGCAAAGCCACACAGACACCUGAUAUAAGACAAACAGCACUAAACGCCUUUUAAAAGUGUUUUAUAUGUAUUAUGAAUUGUGUUAGGCAUAGUCGCAGUAUAACCCUCCUUUAUUUCAAAUGACUGGAGCUUCUUACAGUUUCUUUUUUACAUUUCUUUUAAUGCUUGUGAUAAAUCUAGAGCUCUAACAACUUUUGAUGACUCUGUAUAAUAUUGUUGUAAAGAGAACAUAAAUAAAAAGCCCCAAGCGCAGCUGUUGUCAACAGAAGACAGUAAAGUAAA